CCCACACCUCUGCAGGGCCUGCCCAGCCCCCUUCUGCGCUGCCCGUCGCAGCGUCUCUUGGACCGCGUGGUUCGGCGCUACGCAGAGGUGGCUGACGCCGGCAGCAUCUUCAUGGACCACUUCACCGACCGCGACAAACUGCGGCUGCUCUACACGCUGGCUGUCAACCCGCAUCCCAUCCUUCUACAGAUCUUCCCUGGGGCCGAAGGAUGGCCACUGCCCAAGUACCUGGGCUCCUGUGGCAGAUUCCUCGUCAGCACCAGCACCAGACCACUACAGGAAUUCUAUAGUGCACCCCCAGACCAGGCAGCUGACCUCGCCUACCAGCUCCUUGGUGUCUUGGAGUCUCUGAGGAACAACGACUUGAACUAUUUCUUCUACUUCACUCAUGUUGAUGCAGGCAUGUUUGGCAUCUUCAGCAAUGGGCAUCUGUUCAUCCGGAAUGCUAGCACACUGGGCAUCAUUGACAAGCAGGAAGGCAGCCAGGCAGCCACCAGGGCAGAAGAGAAUAAAGACAUCUUUAGCUGCCUGCUUUCUGGCUGCCAGGCUGAGCUGCCCUCCUGUGACACCAUCCCUGAGAAGCAGAGCCUGGUGCUGGUGUGUCAACAGUUGCUACCCCAACUUCUCCAAGGGAAGUUCCCCUCUCCAGUGCAGGAGGAGAUAGAUGCCAUGCUCACUCAGUGUGGGGAGGACACCCUCCCAGACCCUGAAAUCCUGGAGGCUGCCAGCCGGCUGAAGGACAUCUUGAGGCCCCUAAGGACCUGUGACCCCAGAUUUGCUUACCGUUACCCAGACUGCAAGUAUAAUGAUAAGUUUUGA